UUGUCCUGGUGUCUCUUUUAAUAGCCUGCAACAGAGGACAGCGCCUACAUUUCCUCUGUCUCGGGCUGGUCUCAGUGCUAACCCUUCAUCAGUGCGGUGUACCCUACAAGGCACCCCUCGUGUGCCUGCAUUCUCACAGGAUGGAGACUUUGUUAUUGGAGGCAUUUUCUCCAUACAUUACAAACUUUAUACAGUUAUUUAUAACUACACAACCAAGCCUGAGCCUCCAAGAUGCACAGGGAGCUUAAACACUCGAGUUCUGCGCUUCUCUCGUACCAUGAUCUUUGCAAUUGAUGAGAUAAAUAAUAGCUCUAAGCUACUGCCUGGCAUCAAACUUGGAUAUGAGAUUUAUGAUUCCUGCAUAGCAGUUCCAGUGUCUGCACACAUUGCAUUUCAACUGUCUAAUGGCCAGGACCCUGUAUAUUACAAGAACAGUAACUGUUCUCAGUCUGGAGUGGUGAUGGCUGCUGUUGGUGAUUCUGGAUCCACCCCAUCAAUCAGCAUUUCGCGCAUCUUCCGGUCCUUUGGCAUCCCCCUGGUGAGUCCAUUUGCCACAUGUGCCUGUCUGUCAGAUAAGCAGCAACACCCAACAUUUUUCAGAACAAUUCCCAGUGACCAGUUCCAAGCUGAUGGGCUGGCCAAACUGGUGAAACACUUUGGCUGGACUUGGAUAGGUGCAGUGCGCUCCAACUCUGACUAUGGAAAUUAUGGCAUGGCAUCUUUUCUUGACGCAGCGCUCAGAGAGGGGAUAUGUGUGGAGUAUUCUGAAGCCUUCUAUCGGACCGAUGCCCCCUACAAGAUAAAAAGAGUUGCUGAUAUGAUUCGAAGGUCAACAGCCAUUGUUGUUGUGUCAUUUGCUGCAUCUGGUGAUAUGAAGGUUUUGUUGGAGGAGCUGGCCCGGGACCCUCCUCCACCUCGUCAGUGGAUUGGAAGUGAGGGUUGGGUUACUGAUCCACACUUGAUGAGCUUCAGUUUCUGCAGAGGGGCCAUUGGAGUUGCUAUUCAGCAAUCUGUGAUCCCGGGUUUGAGAGACUUUCUUCUGGAUCUCUCUCCCUCUAAAGUCACUAGCUCCUCAGUGUUGACUGAAUUCUGGGAGGAGGCUUUUGAGUGCAGUUUGACAGAAAAUGCAGAUCUGAACAAACGAGAAUGUGAUGGAACUGAAGAUAUUAAACGGCUUAAGAAUCCUUACACUGAAACAUCGCAGUUAAGGGCGACUAAUAUGGUUUAUAAGGCUGUUUAUGCAAUAGCUUAUGCCAUUCAUAGUGCAGUAUGUAUGGGGAACAAAUCAACCAUUUACUGUGACAAAUACUUCAACCUGGAGCCUAAACAUGUUUUUACUGAAUUAAAGAAGGUCAACUUCACCAGAAAUGGAUAUCAUGUCUCUUUUGAUAGUAAAGGUGACCCUGUGGCUUUUUAUGAGCUUGUAAACUGGCAGAAAAGUGAUAGUGGAAUUAUGGAGCUGGUUACAGUGGGGUACUACGAUGCAUCACUGCCAAUGGGAGAGCAGUUCCGUAUAAACAGGAACUUAACCUGGCUAGAUGGUGGCACACAAGUACCAGUGUCAGUGUGCUCUCAAAGUUGUCCUCCAGGAAGUCGCAAGGUUUUGCAGAAAGGAAAGCCCAUCUGCUGCUAUGAUUGUAUACUCUGUCCUGAGGGAGAGAUCAGUAAUAUCACAGAUUCUCCUGACUGUUUCCUUUGCCAUGAAGAAUUCUGGCCUAAUACAAAGAAAGAUGCUUGUUUGCUUAAACCUGUGGAGUUUCUUUCUUUUGACGAAGUGCUUGGAAUCAUCCUGGUUGUAUUCUCUGUUAGUGGGGCCUGCUUGACGAUUACAGCAGCAACUGUUUUCUUUUAUCAUAGGACAACUCCAGUUGUGAGAGCCAACAAUUCUGAACUUAGUUUCCUGUUGCUCUUCUCUCUGACUCUGUGUUUUUUAUGUUCAUUAACUUUCAUUGGCGCACCUUCUGAGUGGUCCUGCAUGCUACGGCACACAGCAUUUGGCAUCACUUUUGUUCUCUGUAUCUCCUGCGUUCUUGGGAAAACGUUGGUGGUUUUAAUGGCCUUUAAAGCUACACUUCCAGGAAAUAAUGUAAUGAAAUGGUUCGGUCCUCUACAGCAAAGACUGACUGUAGUGUGUCUCACGUUAGUUCAGAUAAUAAUAUGUACCUUGUGGCUAGUUGUGAGUCCUCCUUUUCCAGUGAAAAAUCUAACCACAUACAAAGAAAAGAUCCUCCUGGAAUGUGCAUUAGGUUCUGCUGUGGGUUUCUGGGCUGUGCUUGGCUACAUUGGCCUGUUGGCUGUUUUUUGUUUUGUGUUAGCUUUUCUUGCUAGAAAACUACCUGAUAAUUUCAACGAAGCUAAACUAAUAACCUUCAGUAUGUUGAUAUUUUGUGCCGUCUGGAUCACCUUUAUCCCAGCAUAUGUCAGCUCACCUGGAAAAUUUACUGUGGCUGUGGAGAUAUUUGCCAUUCUGGCCUCCAGUUAUGGACUGAUUUUGUGCAUAUUUGCCCCCAAAUGUUUCAUUAUUUUGUUUCAGCCUGAGAAGAACACCAAGAAAUACAUGAUGAACAAAAAAUAAUAUUUUAAAGGUUUACAAACAAGA